AUGUACGGUCCCUUGAGCACUCCAGACUCGGUCUCGAGCGAUGCACAUGACCUUGGUCACAACUCCCUCGGCUUGCUCGACAACCUCUCGCCAGAGCUGCACGCGUCUUCGGGCGUAGCCAUGUCCGAGUCGCAUUCGAUGCCCCACUUUGGCUAUUCUGGCAGCUUGCCUCACGCGUCGUUUGGUGCGCGUCGCAGCUCAGUGAGCUCGGCCGCCUCCUCCUCUUGCCUCAGUCUCGGCCAAGCAUCCGACCACUCGAAUGCGCCUGGCUCCUAUUCGCCGCGCUCCUUCACACCCAACGAGUCGCCCAUCGCGCUGCCCGGCUCGCUUACCUCGCUUUCGGGCCUGGCCCUCGGCACACCGGACGCACCUGGCCACCACGAGCUGCAUGGCUACGCCGACCACGCUGCAUUCCACCCCAAUCAGCACAACGCCUUGCUUGCGCUUUCUCACGGCCAAGACGAGUUCAGCCUCGAGAUGCCACCGCCCUCCAACAUUCGUCGCCGGGCUGCGCAGUCGUUCGACGUCUCGAUGCUCUCCACCCACCAGGCCGAGCCAAACUUCUACGGCCACUCGCAGAAGCUCAACGAGUCGGACGCUUCGGAAGAGACGACGCCCAUGCCAGCACACACGGGCACCUUUGCUGGCCAGACCGUCCUCAACCUCAGCGACGGCUUCCGUGCCGCUCAGAUGCCUGUGACUCCGCAGUCGGCCUACAACCGCGCCUCGCUCGGCCCAGGCCCGUGCACCUUCACGCCUGGUCACUCGUACUCGCCUGGCUCCACCCCCGAUCACUCGAUCCGCGGCGAUGCCUCGAAUCCCAGCUCGCCCUUCUACCCACCCUCGGCCAUCGCGCUUCGAAGGCUCACGAGCGCCGACAGCAUUCGCAACGAGUCGUUCGCUCCGCACGAGAUCGGUACGCCCAGCAAGGACACUCCGCCGCUGCUCAGCCUCGCCGAACUUCACAACAUGCCCAAGCACGAACCGAGCUUCCAGGCCAACCUUGCAUUCCGGGACCACUUCCAGAGCCCACCCAACUUCCAGUUCCAGCGCUCGAGCUUGCCCGACACCUCGGCUGGCAUGUCGUCGUCGUCGGCGGCCAUGGCAAGGGUAGCCUCGGCGCCCAUGUCGAGCCCGAUGCCCCAGCUCUCGCGCUCGUCCACCUCUUCCGAAGCGUCUUCCUUUGCGUCGUUCCCUUCCACACCGUCGUCGUCGGUGGUCUCGGGUGGCGAUGGCCGUUCCAAGGCCAACGUCAUGUACCCGUCCACGCCGACGCACGACCUCAUGUCGCCUGGCUUCGACCCUUACUACAGCGCGCCGCCCAUGUCGGGCCACCGAAGCAACAGCAUGAUGUCGCUCGGUUCUCCCAUCCACGACGGCUCGUUCACAUCGAUGCUCGACGGCCGAAGCCGCAGCGUCUCUGGCUCGGUCACGCGCACCACGCCUCGCGGCCGUGCUCGCAAUGCUGGUCCUCCGCCUCUGAUUGUCAGCUCGGCUGACAAGCUGCACGUGUGCCACUGUGGCAAGCGCUUCAAGAGGAUGGAGCAUCUGAAGCGCCACAACCGCACCCAUACCCAGGAGCGCCCGCACAAGUGCCCCGUCGAGACGUGUGGAAAGUUUUUCGGCCGCUCCGACAACCUCGCGCAGCACCUCAAGACGCACUUCCGACCUGCCGGACUGGUCGGACGCUCGUCGGAGCUGCUCUCGCUCACAGCGGGCUCGGACAAAUACAAAAACAGCGAGCCUCGCCACGACCCGUACGCGGCGGCUUCGGCUGCAGCGGCUGCCGCUGCCCAGGCUGCCGUCUCGGUGAGUGGCAAGCGCGGCUCCAUCAGCCAGGCGUGCCUGGGCGGACCCAUCGCGCUCAACAAGCCCUCGACGCCAAGACAGGCGCUGGCACCCGCCGGAGGCCUCAGCGCCAACUCGUCACCCAACAUGCAGAUUGCGACUCAUUUUGUCUGA